GAGGGGACCAUGGAAGAAAAGCUCCAGGCGCAUCAGGUGGAGAUCGACCCGGAUUUCGAGCCGCAGAGCCGGCCCCGGUCCUGCACUUGGCCUCUCCCCCACCCCGACUUCGCGGCGGAGGAGGAGGAUGGGGGGGGCACGGCGGGAGGACCCCCGGCGCUGGCGGCCGCCGGCGGGGAGGGAGCCGAGAACGCGGCGGCCCCGGCGGAGCGCAGAGCAGCGGCCGCCGCCUCCCUGCCGCCCCCCGGCGCGGACGUCGGGCAGCUCCGCAAGGCCAAGACCUCCCGGAGGAACGCCUGGGGCAACCUGUCCUACGCCGAUCUCAUCACCAAAGCCAUCGAGAGCUCGCCCGAGAAGCGCCUCACGCUCUCGCAGAUCUAUGACUGGAUGGUGCGAUAUGUUCCCUACUUUAAGGAUAAAGGCGACAGCAACAGUUCGGCCGGCUGGAAGAACUCCAUCCGGCACAACCUGUCGCUGCACACCCGCUUCAUCCGGGUGCAGAACGAGGGCACGGGCAAGAGCUCCUGGUGGAUGCUGAACCCCGAGGGCGGCAAGACCGGCAAGACGCCGCGGCGCCGGGCGGUCUCCAUGGACAACAACAGCAAGUUCCUGCGCAUCAAGGGCAAGGCCAGCAAGAAGAAGCAGCUGCAGGCGGCGCAGGAGCGGGGGGAGGACAGCCCCGCGCCCCAGCAGGCCAAGUGGUCCGGGAGCCCCGCGUCCCACGGCGGCGACGAGUACGACGCCUGGGCGGACUUCAGGACCAGGGCCACCUCCGCGGCCGGCGCCCUGGGCGGCCGCCUCUCGCCCAUCAUGGCCAACCACGAGCCCGACGAGCUGGAGGAGGACGACGGCACCCCCUCCUCCCCGCUGAUGUACCCCAGCCCCUCCAGCACCAUGUCCCCUUCCCUCAGCGCCCGCUGCUCCGUGGAGCUGCCCCGGCUGACCGACCUGACCGGCACCAUCAGCCUGAACGAGAGCCUGGGCGAGAGCCUGCUGGAGGACCUGCAGGACGGCUACGCCAUCAGCCCCUCGCAGCAGCUGCCGCCGGCCGCCCUGCGCCAGAGGAGCUCCAGCUUCAGCUUCAACGCCAAGUGCUCCAGCAUGGGGCCCGCGGGCAGCACCUACUGCGGGACGAUCUACAGCCAGCCGGCGCUCGGCCUGAUGCGCCGCCUGCCCAUGCAGACCAUCCAGGAGAACAAGCAAGCCAGCUUCUCCCCGGCCGGCCCCUACCGGAACGCCUCCUCGCUGCAGGACCUGCUCUCCUCCAUCUCCUACUCGCACAAGGAGAGCAUGGUGCCGGGGGAGCUGCCCCUGCCGCCGGCCAGCCCCACGGUGCCGGCCCGCGGCCACAGACCCAGCCCGCUGCUGUGCGGGGGCGGGGAGCAGGCUGUGGCCCCCUACCCGUCCCACUCGGGCUCUCUGAUGAAGGGCAGCGCUUUGUACCACCCGUCCCCGGCCGCCCACCACAACCACCACCACCCCCAUCCCCACCACCCCCACCACCACCCCCCUGCGGUCCACACCAGUGCCUUAGCCAACGCUGUCAGCCUUAUGAGCCUGCCCGGUGAGACGUGCAGCAUGCCGGCCGCGCCGCACCACGGGCACCUGCCCUCCUACGCCGGUGCCCAGGGGGCACACAUGAGCCUGCUGGAGUCGCUGCAGGGCCCCUACCCGGGGGCCGGCCACCCCCCCGCCUUGGGCCCGGACAGGUUCCCGGCAGACCUGGACCUGGACAUGUUCAACGGGAGCCUGGAGUGCGACGUGGAGUCCAUCAUCCUGAACGACUUCAUGGACAGCGACGAGAUGGACUUCAACUUCGACUCGGCCCUGCCGCCGCAGAACGGGCUGGGCGUGCCCGCCCUGCCCGCCGCCCCCCAGCCCACGAACCAGAGCUGGGUGCCCGGCUGACGCCCGCCCCAGGGAGAGGGGGGGGUCUCGCCGCCGAGGAGCCACCGGGGGGAACAUUGAGACUAACCGUUGUUUUUUUCUUUCCUUUCUCUUCUGCCUUUGUUUGUUACGCCGGGCGAGAGCCGCGGGGCUGAGCUUGAGGUCAAGCAGGGAACGCAAACCCUAGGGUCAAACCUGGAGUCAGGGUCGGGACCCCCACCCCCAGCCCCCACCUGGGCCCCGUCUGCGGGCCCUCCUGCGAGCAUCCUCCAGAGGACACAGGGCAGGCGGGCAGGAGAGGCGGGUCUGGGGGCAGCAGGAAGGGAUGGACCUUUCCAGCCGGUCCCCGUGCCCCGCUGUGAUGGUGCCAGUUUGGUCUGUCCUUUGGGCUGGGUGAUGAGGUGGUGCUGGUUGGUGCUGUGGGAGCCCCCUGCGUGUGCACCCCUCUCUGAAAGGGGUUCCUCCCCCGAGCCAGCUUGGGAAAUGAGUCCUCUGAGCAGAAGUGUCAGGAGAGGGGACCCUGCCCCAGGGCCGGGAGGGGCUUGCACCCCUAGAUCCUGGUGGUGCUCUGAGCUCUGCCAAGCCCACGUGCCCAGGCCACCUCCACUGGGGGUCUCUUGCGUGGCUCCAGGCAGGUUUUCUUACCAGGCAGUGAGAAGGGUUGGUGCUGGAGGGAAGGGUGCCCUGGGGACUGCUGAUGGGUGCUGGGGGUGCCACGGUCACACCUGCCUGUGGGCACACUGUGGCUCCCUGCCCGGAGCGGCUGUGGGCAUGGGGUGGUCCUGCCGGGAGUGAUGUGCUGCUGGCCUGGGUCCUCCCUGCUGGAGGCUCAGGGGGAGCUCACGGGGUGGGGGAGGGGGUUUUGUGCACUCUGCUGGCAUUGAGUUUUUGCGUUGGAAGGAAGAGCUGAGCUCGAGGAGAG